AGCAAAGCAAACCACCGUGCCUCAGGCAGAGGCCUCAGCCUCUCUCUCGUCUUUGCGUUGCGCCGCUGCUUUAAACAAACGUCAGGUGAAGGCUGCGGCACGCGUCCCCUCCUCCGCCUCCAGUCUCCGCCCAUCUCAAAACCCUAGCAACCGCGCCUCCACCCCUACCCGAAUCCCAAUCCAGGUCCGAUCCCCCGGCGGCGAGGACACCCGGCGCCGAUUCGUCCCCGCAGAUCGGCGGGCAGGACAGAUUCAGAUUCGGGUUCGGGGUCCGCUCGGGUCGCCUCGCCGGGGUCCACCGCGGCGGUCAGGGAGCAUGGUGGGCGGCGGGAGGCGGGGUGGAGCGGCGGAGGAGGUCAAGCUCAACACCGGCAACGUGUUCGCGGCGCUCGAGUCCCUCAAGAAGAAGAAGAAGGGCGACAAAGGCAAGGCGGCCGGGUCUUCCUCCAGGAAGAAGCACGGCGAGGGGGCCGCGCAGCGACAAGAGCCACCGCAGAAGGAGCUGUUCUGGGCGCCCGCGCCACUUACCACCAAGUCCUGGGCGGACGUCGAGGACGACGACGACGACGACUACUUCGCCACCACCGCGCCGCCGCGCCCCGUCUGGGGCACUGCCGGUGAGCCCGCCAAGGAAGAGGAAGACGUCGAUGAUGCUGUGCGUGCCGCCCUUCAGGAGGACAUUGAGAGUGAUGAUGGGGACCUUGAUGAUGAGGUUGAUGAUGGACCUGAGGAUGAACCUGAACAUGAUGCGGAAGAUGCCCCAGCCGAACCUGCUAUCAGGACAGCUGCGGCCCCGGCUGCGCCACCCAAGGACACAGAAAGGCAGCUGUCUAAAAAGGAGUUGAAAAAGAAGGAACUAGCAGAACUUGAUGCAGUAUUGGCUGAGCUGGGACUCUCUGCAAAUUCUAGCAGCACUGCACAGGAUGCUGAGAAGAAAGGUACCAACCAAAUUGGUGAUGCAGAGAAGAAGGAAGAUGCUCCUGCUCCUCCCGAGAGCAAGGCCUCCAAGAAGAAGAAAAAGAAGGACAAGAGUUCAAAGGAGGGAAAAGAAACACAAGAAGCACUUGAUGGGUCAGAGGAGACUGCCAGUGCAGGACCUGAUGAAGAUACUUCUGCUGUGGAUGUGAAGGAGCGCUUGAAGAAGAUGGCAUCAAUGAAGAAGAAGAAAUCGAGCAGAGAGACGGACACAGCUGCCAAAAUUGCCGCUGCCGAGGCUGCAGCAAGGAGUGCAAGGCUUGCGGCGGCCAAGAAGAAAGAAAAGAGUCAUUACAACCAGCAGCCCGUGCGGUAAAUGGGCAUAAAGUUUUGAGUUUGGGUGCUGUGAGUUUGAUAUCCCCUUGUUCGUUUUGGACUCGCAAUAAAACUUUUUUGAGUUAUCGUAUUUAUGACUGGGAAGUGCCUUUCUGAGUU